GUGACCCAAGUGCUUCAUCCAGGGCCCUUCAGAGGCUUCGCCCGCCUCACACCAGCUUGCUGCGCAGGAAGAAUGUCGACUCCCAAGGUUAAGCGCUCGCGACACCUCACAUUCUGUCUCAAGACAGAACUCACUUCCUCACGUCUGAAGAAGAAAAAGAAGAAGUCUGAAGAAGAAGAAGAAGAUGAAGAAUUGAGAGGGGCAAAGGUAGUAGAAGAAGUCCCGGGAGGGACAAAGCAUCGGCGGAGCGGGAGAGUAGCCCAUGCUCUACCUGUAGCUGAAAGGUGGCGCCUUGCUGCUGUUGGAGAUAGUUGCGCCGCUGGAGCUAUGGUGCUCGCGGCGGCAGUCAGGGGGUGCAAGGUAUUUUCCAAGAUCGAUCUCAAGUCUAGCUACCACCAGAUUGAAGUCGAUCCUGCGGACCAGCACAAGACUGCGUUCAAAACACGCGAUGGGCUUUACGAGUUUACCGUAAUGUCCUUCGGUCUCAUGAACGCACCGGCCACCUUCCAAAUCCUCAUGGACAAGGUACUCCGCGAACAGAUUGGCCGGUUCGUAGUGGUAUACCUGGAUGAUGUACUAAUCUUCAACAAAUCCAUGGAGGAACACCUCGAGCACCUCGAGGAAGUGCUCACUAUCCUCAAGAAGACGCAACUCCGUCUCAACCUAGAGAAAUAUGAGUUUGGGAACGAUAGCGUCAUCUAUCUUGGGCAUCGGUUGUCUGUGGUAGGCCUAGAGCCUGAGGCGACCAAGGUUGAAGUCAUACGGGAUUGGCCUCAGCCCGCGAACAUCCGUGAACUGCGCUCUUUCCUUGGUCUCGUGUCAUACUAUCGAAAGUUUGUGGCCCGCUUCUUUAUUGUUGCUCGUCCAUUGUCCUGGUUGACAAGCAAAAAUGUUCCCUACUCUUGGGACACUGCGUGCACGAACGCGUUUCAAGCUUUGAAAGAAGCCUUGAGAGCCCUGUCUCCAGCUCAGCGAAGCGGGGAUGAGGAAGGAGAAGAGGAAGGAGAAGAAGAUGAAGAUGGAGGACGGAAGGCAGUGGGUUUUGAUCGAGAAGACGAUGAGGAUGAGAGAGGAGAGGAGAGAGGUGGGGUGGGAUUGUCAGAUGAAGAGAGAGAGGGACUGAAGAAGCGUGAGAGAUCGAUCGGGCCUCCGUUAGUGGUUCAAGUGCCCAGGUUGCCGCGCCUUGCAACGGAAAAGCUUAGCAUGGUUCGCGUGUCAAACAUUAUGGGGAUUGAACAGAAGCCCUUCAGUCCUCAAACUUACAUGGCGGAGGAGUCCUACGUCGACGAUAAAGGCCAGAAACAGCGAGUCAAGCUCGACGACAAUGUUGCUCGAUGGCGUUAUGUGCGCAACGAGGAUGGCACAAUCACGUAUGAAAGCAAUGCAAGGUUUGUGAAGUGGUCUGAUGGGAGCAUCCAACUGUUGAUUGGGAAUGAAGUGCUGGACCUCAACAAGCAAGACAUCUCGACUGAUCAGAGUCAUCUGUUCUUGCGCUGCAAGGAGGGCAUCUAUCAGUCACAGGGUCGUCUUGAGAGUAAGAUGAAGUUCAUGCCUUCCAGUCUGUCCAGCAAGUCACAUAAGCUGUUGACUGUGCUGGUGGACUCGCGGCACAAGAAGGUCAACAAAGUGAAGACGGUUGUCACAAAUGUCGAUCCAGAAAAGGACAUGCAAGAAAAAGUGAAGGCAGCUGAAGCAAGGAACAGAGACAAGGAAGGGCUCAUAAGAAAGCAGUUCAAGGGGAUGCGGAAGGCUGUGGAGAGGGACACGCGUCCGAGCCAUCAUGAUGUGCUCAGCCCUCGUUAUUUAGAGGCACUCGAUGAGGAUGAAGAGGAUGAAGAUCAUCGCGGAGGGGAAGCAGAGGCUGAGGCGGAGAGGCGAAUUCUGAAUGCCAAGAGAGCUCCGCCGCCACGCAUGCAGUUGCCUUCUUCAAAAAAACAGAAGCUUCUUCCGAAAUCUCGACUGGGAAGACAUGGGUAUGAAUCAGAAGAAUCGGAGCAAGAAGCAGGAGAGGAGUCAGCAGAGGAAGAUGAGGCUCGAGAAGUGGAAGAGGCAGAGGAGGAACUGGAGGUGGAAGAGGAGGCGGAGGAGGAGGCAGAGGAGGCGGCUGAAGAGGCAGAGGAGGCGGAAGCUGAGGAGCAGGAUGAAGAGAUGGCCAGAGCUGCUGAUGAAGAGGAGGAAGAGGCGGAGGCAGAUGCAGAGGACCUAGAGGAAGAAGAGGAGGUGGCGGAGGCCAUGGAAGAGGACAGGGAGGUAGAGGAAGAAGCGGACGAGGAAGAAGAGGAGGAAGAAGAGGACUUAGGUAGGGGUAGAAAAGAUAAACAUAGGAGAAGAGAGGAGGUUGUCAGACGUUCGUCCAUCGCAUCUGAGCCUGUAAAGCGAGCCCCUGUGCAGCGAAGACGGGUAGUUGUCAGUGAUAGCGAAGAGGAUUAAGUUUUGAUCGUACAUUCAAUAGGUUAUUGGUGCCAGCAUUAAGUGUAACCCACUGAGCGGUGAGAGACGGCGAUAGAUUGUCUGCAGGUUUCUCUUUGACCAACCGGAACUCUGUUGUUCCUCCCUAGUCUAGUGAACAUGGGUUGCCGUUUAUCAUCUUUUUGGUUAUCUUGCCCAGCGAUGCCCCUCGUUGUCAGUGUGGAGUUGUCCUGCUGUGCUGCUGGCGAAGAGCUCCAGUCCCCUAACCCUGAGGCAGUGGGAAUUCUGGUGCUGUGAUGUCUGCUCCAGUCUCCUACGAACUCUAAGUUAUGAGGCGGUGGAGAUUUGGGUAUGCAGUGAUGUGUGGAGAAGCCUUCUCAGUUGCUGACAGAGAUCUGAAGUCCUCUGAAUCCUAUAGGGCAGUGGAGAUUUGGGUGUAAGAAUGUGAACUUACUACGCACUACGGAGGAGUCCUGCUAUGCUGACGAUAAAGAAUCCCACUCCCAGUCCCCUAACUCCCAACUUGGGAGUUACGAUGUGAUGGGGAAUUUGGUUGAAGUGACUUACAGAUGUGAAAUCUAUGCAGGGGUGUCGUGCCGUGCUGCUGACAAAGCAAAGAGCUGAAGUCCGGUGAUCCCUAACUCUCAGUUAUGAGGCAGUGGAGAUUCGUGUACUGACGUACGUAUAGUUGUGAAGUGACUGUGGAGCUGUUCUGCUGUUCUACUGACAAAGCGAAGAAUGGAAGUCCACUGACCUCUAUGAGGAGGCGGGGCUUUGGGCCUGAUGAUGGCGAACCUAUUCAUCAAAGCUCUCAAUCAUUUCUGUCCUUGGGCUGAAGGAUCAUGUGUUUUAUACUAAGAAAAGCGAACAAAGCAAAAAAGAGAAGUGCCGUGACACCUCCAUGGGUUGUAGUGGUUACGAGACUUCAUUCCUGUGGCUGAGGGUGCCGGUUUGAGGCCGUGCAUGCACGGCGGGCCUCCUGAUGCCCUACCUACUGUGAAGGCGCCCGUGGAACCUGCGGGAAGUUGGCCCACCUUGGAGUGACUGGGUGAAGUAGUGGUGGUGGGUCACGUGCAAUUCGAGUGGAGUGUGUGUUGAUUGCCGUGUCCGUGGUGUGCUGUUGUGAGUGAGGUGCGAGUUCAAGGACGCUACAGUCCUGCGGGUGGACUGGAUAUAACAACUGGUGUUAUAACACCUCCAAGGGUCGUAGUGGUUACGAGACUUCGAUCCUGUGGCUGAGGUGCCGGUUCAAGGCCGUGAAUGCACCGCGGGGCCUGAUGGCCUAAAACUACUGACUACUAAAUUUGAGAUGUGAGGAGACGUGCAGACAGGUAGGAUAAGAUUAAACACAUUAUCUUGUUUGUGUUCAGUAUGUAUUAUAAAUGAAUGGCCCGGUACGAC